GCGGAUCACCAAGUCACAUGACUGUCACGUGGCGCCACAACUUCCUGGCGGCAGUUUCGGACAGGAUUGCAGUUGCGCGGCUUGGAAUCUUGUAGCGAAAAAGUAAUAUUAGUAAACAAAAACAUCAAGAGCAAGAACCGGAAGCGACAGCAUGCAAAGAUGAGUUCCAGUAAUCAUGAUGGACCCUCUUCAGAUAGUGACCCUGCUGAAACGAACAACAGCUUGCCAGAUCCGUCGUCAGCUUCUGACGGAGUGACACCCACACGUUUGCUAAAAAUGAAAGAAAUAAUGGAAAAUCAGUGUUUUGAAAUGAAUGUUAAAGUCAGCAUGGGAAAACACAAAGAGUCACAUGAAGCUGAAGGAGAUCUAUCCAAGUAUGAAAGUGCAAUAGAGCAGGCAAGACUCUCAUACUUCAACAAGACACUGGUAUUAAACAGAAUGCAGAUUUGGAAUGCCAUCAUUGAAAAGAUGAUUCAGAAUGAUGCAGAUGCCGAGGCACUAAAGGAACUGACCAAUCAGAACACUGAGCUCUGUGAAAAGACCAUGAAAAUUAUAAAGGAAACACGAGAGCUUCAGGACCAGAUCACGGAUAUUCAAAAGGAAAGACUUGACCUAAAAGGACAAAUUAAGAAAAAAAUGCUGGAGAUAAAUGAGUUGAAACAGGUGAAGGAAAAUCAGGGAGAGGUUCAGCAGAGAGCCAAGGAAAGAGCUGAAGCGGUUCUACAGAAAUACCAGAAAGUCACCACCAUUUUACAAAAUGUGCUCCGGGGAAUUAUACUGGCCAGUAAAGUCAACUGGAGAGAUGAUCCAAAAUUAAGAGACAUUGCGAUGGGACUAGAAAACAUACCUAACUAAUGAGGACCUAUUUGAACACAGUUCUCUGAUUAAUGUAUAUACUUCACCUGUUAAAGUGCUCACUGUUACCAUGUUCAGUGUAAUGUUUUUCUUGUACAUUUAUGUUGAGAGCUAUGGCAAGGAUGUUUCACUGAAACGUGCACAAUGUAUAGUUAAGCUUUUCAUAACAGCUCAUUUUGUUUUUAUAUAUAUAUAAUAUAGACUAGAGAAUAUUUUAGAGACAUAUUUUUAUCUGUAAAUGGAGUUCAUCUAAUAUCUCUCACAUUCAGGAUGUGAGAGAUAUUAGAUGAACUCCAUUUACAGAUAAAAUUACCUUUUUAAAAUAAAGUUCAAACUGAUCCUUAAUAAAAAGUAAUGAAACCA